UUACAUUAUAAAUUAAUGUUGCAUAAUAGUAUUGUAGAUAUGUUACAUAAAUAUAAGAUUGAUGUUGCCAAAAGUCCAGAUUUUAUUCCACAGACGACGUCAGUGUUGAGAUUUAUUCACUUCAACCCGUAGCCCAACACACAAUCUAAGAGUUUCGAGUGGGUAGUUUAGGAGAAUAAGGUCAAACAAGUAAGAUGAGACUCAAUAAGAAGUCUUGGUUUAAUUCCACUAUUACAAGGCGUGAGGCCGUUCGUACCUACAAAGCGUGAGGCCGUUCCUACAGAUGCUCUGCUACGAGAUAAUAAGAAUGCUAUAAUACUAGAGUGCUAAGUUGUCACCACCUUUACAAUGAAAUAAAUGCUACUAUUUAUACCGCCAAUGGAUAGUUAGAUGUGUUGACGUGACGGACUGUGGAUGGCUUGAUCCCAACCACCAAAUCUUCUGCAUUAAAUGCGCAAUCACCAGAUCUUCUGUAUUAAAUGCAGAAUCUCGUCAGGAUCUUGGCACGUUCGUUCCCAUGAGCUUGCCUCCUGCUUCCCGCCAGGAUCUUGGCUUCCUGCAAGGGGUGAGGACGUCCGUCCCCAUGAGCUUGCCUCCUGUGUCUUGUCUGCUCCCAGGGUCAAGGUUCCGUACGUACAUCGUGCAAUUGGGCCUUGUUGGUCUAUUGCGAACGUACGUCACCUGAAGUAGGGCAUCUUCCUUGGAGAUGUUCGUAUUGCCCUUAGACAAAAAACGGGCUUAAAGUUAUUUGAUAUAAAUUAAUAUGGGAAAUGCUCAAGUCUUUUCUAAGUUUCCCCGGUGGACGGCUCCCUACGCCAUGUAGGGUUUCUCAUCCGCCGAUUGAGUCGUGCGGCAGCGUUGAGUUUCAAAUUAAUUGGUUGAGUUUUAGUAAUUGCUUGUUGGUGGAGGCUUUCUAUCGUAGGAAUCAAAGUGGGGUUAGGCUACACCAUUGUGCGUUAUUUUGGCUUACUAACGGGUGUUUUGAUUUAAUUCUUAAAAAUGUUUUUGCUCGAUCAGAAGCAGAAGUUGGAGUGUUUGGGUGAAAAUGCAGAAAUGAUUACUAGGGGUAGCAGCUUCUGAAAACUGAUUUUGAUUCUGCUUCUGCUUUAAAAAAAGUAGCAGAAGCAUAAUAAUUCCAAACAACCCUAAGUAGCAAUUGGUGAGAGGCAAGACUACAUUUUUCGGCUGUUAAUUUGGGAUUUCGAGUCAGCAAGGGAGGGGGGUUUUCCGGAACAGGAGCGGCUGUAGUUUUGUUCUAGGUGACAGCUCAUAGCUUUACCAGGGCAGCGACAUCAGCUUCGGAUCUGAGAGCACUCAAUGGCGAACUCGGAGCAACAAUAUGGCAAUUUGACGUUGGAGGAUGAUGACGAUGGUCUGGUUUUUCAAGAAGGGGGUGGUGAUGUUGGAGAAUAAGAAAAUCAGGUGGCUUUUCCUGUUGAUGGGACUCUAGUUACGGAGAAAGUAGUGAAAUUUCAGUUUUUAUUGAGGCUAUGGAAUCUUUAUGGCGUCCCGACAGGGGUGUUCUGAUCAAAGACAUUGGUGAAUGCAGGUACUUGUUUACCUUUAAUCAUAUACUUCCUCCGGUUCCUAUUAAAGUUCCCAGUUUGACUUCACACAUAUUAAGAAAAUAAAUUUGACUUUACUGUGGAGUGCACUGUUUGGCACUGUUUGACACUGUUUGGACACUGUUUGACAUUGUUAGACACUGUUUUGCACUGUUUUGUUUCCUACAAUGAAAGUGUGAACUUAAAUAAGGGACAUCCCUAAAAGGAAAGUGAGAACUUUAAUACGAACCAGAGGGAGUAGUUGAUAUGAAACGGGUACUUGAAAACGGCCCUUGGCUUUUCGAACAAAAAUUGUUAGUUUUACAUGAGAUCAAGUCAGGGGAUAUUCCUCUUAGGGUUCCCUUGACAAUGACAGAAUUUUGGGUUCAGAUUCAUAAUGUGUCUUAUGAUUUUAUGACCCUUGAAGCAGCGCAGAGGAUUGGGAAUUAUUUAGGCAAAUUUGUUAAAAUUGAUGAUAAUCAGCUAGAAGGUAGGUGCAAUGCUUACUUGAGAAACAGAAUUACUUUAGACAUUGGCCGACCUCUCAAGAAAGGGACAAAACUACGAAAGGGUAGUAGGGAGUUCUGGGUGGACUUUAAAUAUGAGAAAUUGUCCAGAUUUUGUUUCGUAUGUAGGCUCAUUCGUCACACAGAUAGGUACUCCCCGAUGGCUUAUGAGCAAAGGACAAAGGAAUUGGUUAAACAUUUCGGACCAGAACUCAGAGCUCGAGGGGGAGAGUUCACCCAACUAUGGGCAACAAGUGGUUGGUGCAGGAAGGGGAUGGGACUGCAGGUAAGGACAGGACAAACAUGGGAGAUGAGGGGACAAAGGGAUUCUAAAGCAAGAGAGAAAGGCUUGAUGCUGUUGGGGAUGGGAGUGGAGGGGAUUCAGCGGUUGUCAUGUUACUAGGAAAUAGUGAGGAGGGUGUGGGAGACCAAAAGAGGAGGAGAACUUGGGAGGAACAAGCGAGAGAGAACCAAACAUGUGAGAAGAUGGCCCUCGACAAUCCAAAAAAAGGGAGGGAGGCGGGCCCGGGGUACCAGGCCCGCCUGGUUAUGUGAGGCGUGCUUCUUUGACAUACUGCAGCUUUGGUUGGUUCUGCGGAGGAUACUAUUAUUUCUUUUUAUUUUAUUUGGUUUGUUUUGUUGAUUCAGACUAUGUCUUGCUGUUAUUUCUUUCUUCUUCAUUGAAAACUUUGAAGAGUAGGGUAGGCGAUGAGGGAUUUCUUUCGGUCACUGUUGGCUCAGUUAUGCCCAUUAUAGGAUCAGCGAGAGUUAUUGUUUUUGUGAAGGUGAUACAUUCAAAGUCUGAUUCGAGGGCUAGUGAUCGGGAUGAGAAUCUUUGUCUUUCUAUUACUUACCUGAACUUUGGUUUCUUGAUAAUAUAAGUCACUUUCUUUCAAAAAAAAUAAGGAAAAUGUUUUUUAAAAUAUGACCAAAAAUGAGGUGAUUUUUCAAAAUAGAAGUAAUAUUUUUCCUAAAUAUGAUUAAAAUAAUAUUAUGAAAAAACUAGUGUCACAUUAUUAAAGUUUUUUUCUAAAAUAUUUGUCAUAAAAAAAUCAUGAAAAAAUGUGACUGAGUAACUUUUAAUGAAUAUAAUUAUGUUCAAAGAUUGCAUCAUAUUCACUACAUCAUAAUAACUUUGAAUACAAUUAUAAUCACUAAAAGUUAUCAAGUCACAAUUUGUCCAACACUUUUUCAACAGUAAAAUUAGUGCAAUUUUUUUAAUUAGUAUCAUCCAUUAAAAAUAUGACAUUAUAUCUCAGUUAGGGGUGACUUGGUCCGGCCCGGUUUGGAAUCGGGUCCGGCACUGUUGGAAUCGGACCGGGUUCUGAAAAUCAUGUUCCGUCUCGGGACCGGCCCGAGUCCAGCCAAAAAUGUUACUCGGUCCUAGUUCACCCAUUUUGGGACUGAACCAGGUGGUUCUGGUCCAGGACCGGAUAAAGUUUUGUUUAGGCUUGGAAAGGGGGAAAUUUUAAAAAAAAUGGGGAAUAGAUCUGGACCGAAACUUGCCCAGACACGGAAUUAACCGAGUCGGACCUGGGCUUCGUCUGCCACAGACCGGGGCCGGAACAAGGAACGAAUCGGGAUCGGGUCCACCCUAAUAAUCUUAGUAUGACAACAUGAUUUUGUAAUAAUAGUAUUUAUUCUCAUAGAGAGCAAAGAAAUAGUCAACAAUGGAUUCUUUGGAGUCUUACUUUCUUCACCUUAUCUACUCCUUUAUAAGAAUUCUCUGAUAUCUCUCAAACUUCUUUGUAAGUUGUUGCACAUGUCAUCUUCGCGAACAUGACUUCGUCUAAAGCUUGAUGGGUGAUAGAGAGCGCCUUUGAUCUUUCUUUUUAAUUUUCUUCAAGGCAUUCUAUUGAGCUUGACUUAAUGUGAAGAUGUCCUCGGGUUUCUUCUAACCUUCCUCUACCAUGUUCCACACAUCUUUCGAAUCAAGUAUUGUCUUCAUAUGAAUGCUCCAACUAUCAUACUUCUCCUUUUUUAGUGGAGGAAUUUGAAGCGAACCGAUCAUUUUUGAAUGAUGACCGAACAAGCUCUGAUAUAACUAUUGGAAAUAAGUGAAGGAAAUUGGAGUAUUGGGAGUCUAAAUUUGAAAUAAUAUGAAAGAGAUAAUUGAACAAAGGGAAGAACUCGUUUUAUUUUAUCUAUUUUUUCUUUUUUUUUAUGCAAAAUGGACAUCGAUAAUAAAAAAUAGCAACCCAAAGUUUUCAGAACCACAUAGUUGAAAUUUGAUUCCUUUUUCAAAGAGCCUAAAAGUAUGAGAGUGGACUUGACACUUUGUGAAUUUUGUAAUCCAGGGUAUUACCAUGUCAAAACUAUUAAAGAACUCCUUUUGAAAAUGAGCAAAGGAAACCAUGGUGAUAUUUUGAUACUCAUUUUAUUAAAGCAACUCAAAUUAACUUGAUUUGCUUGAUACAAUGUGGUGGUAGGGAAGCUUUAUUUAUAUUAGUACAAACAUACCUAAGCUCUUCUACCAUUAAUGCAUUCUACACAAGUCUACACAAUUAAUUGUACAAGAAUUCUAGAGACCACAUCUUCUAGAGAAGUUCUAGAAUUUGUUCCUUCUACAAUUUGCUAUUACUUGGACCUUUUCAACAACAACUUAAAUACAUAUUAAUUUAGACCCAAAUACAUUAAAAUAAAAACAUAUAUUUUUCGAGACUGCCACUGGCUGUCCAACUAGAACAUCUCCACUGCCCGCGGGUAAGAUAUCCUUUGGGAUUGCCACCGACUGUCCUACACUGAGAUCUCAUGUGAGACAACCACCAACCGCACUCCAACGAAUAUCACCUACCUGAUAGGAGGAGUAACUCAAAGUCUUAUAUAGUCUUUUAUUGUUUAAUAGCUUUCCGGUGUGGGACAAAUACUUUAAUACGCCCCCUCAAUCCGAAUCAGUCUGAACAAUAUCAGGGUGUAUAAAUGGGUCAAAUAGACCAUUAUCAAGCUAGCAUUAAUCAUGAGUGCUAAACAAACAGUCAAACCACAACUGAAUUGGCUCUGAUACCAUGUCAAAACCUGAGAUUCCAUCCUAAAAGGUUAACCUGAUAGGAGGAGUAACUCAAACUCUUAUACAAUGUUUUAUUGUUUAAUAAUUUUCCGGUGUGGGACAAAUGCUUUAACAUCAAUUCUCCAUUACUAGGAAAUAUAAAAAAUCAGAUGAUAAAAAGUUAAGAAACUCGUUAUUGCUCUGAUAUUGGUUACUUUUUUCAUGGGACUAGAGCAUUAUAUAUCACACACAUGACACACACCCCAUAGAAGCCCCUUAUGACGCAAUGCAAUUGCGCCUUAUGGCGUAAAAAGGCAUUUUCUAUGACGCCCUGAAUGUGGUGUGCGCAAUAUUAAAAAGAUGACACCCCAUCCCCGAGGGCCUUGGCUGGACAGUUAUCUAAGAGAAUGUAAAUUUAGUUUUGAUCACACACAAGUAGAAAGAAAUGAGGUUCUAGUCUAAGUCUUUGCUUAAAGUUGAGCACGGGAUCUCUCUCUUGUGGCACCCUCUUCCCACUAGGUGAGUUACGCCCUGUACAAUAUUGCGGUGAGGCAUAAGCAAUAUUGCUCACACAAUAAGACGAUGUGAGUCUUACACAAUAGGAGGACGUGCAAAAGUAUUAUUUGUGCCCUCUCAGCACACUAGAUAAUGAUCAUUCGGGUUUUGAAUCAUUAAUCUAAUAAACUUAAAAUUUAACAUGUUAGGAGGCAGGAGUUUUAUUUUGAUAUUCACAGUAAGAAAUUUUUGCUAUGUUUGAACUUUGAACAUACUCCAUAUUACUUUGCUACAUGAAUAGUUUGAACAUUCUCAAGUUUUUUAUGAUAAAUUUACUACUAGGCUUUGAGCUGAAUAAAUCACUUAUCAUUACGUAUGAUGCAAAUUACUUUGGACAUUUUAUCCGAAUCAUUGAAAAGGGAAAUGAUUCUUUAUUUAAUCCGGAGGAAGGAAUGGACAUGGGGUCAAUCUUUUUCAUAUAGGAAUUACAAGGGAAUUGGUGUUGUUGAAAGCAAAUGCUGAGAAUACAUUAGCGUUUGAACAUACUUCAGGCGACCUUAACAAAUGGAGUGGAAUUACUUUCUUGCUUUAUGCUCUGUGAAUUUAAGAGACUUCUACUCUCUGCUUUGGAUAACCAUGACUGUUUGUGGGGCACUAGCGAAAGGAAUUCUUCCAGAACACAUUAUGAUUCGGAGCUUGAUGAUAAGAAUGAGAAAGGAGAUUUUUUUUGGUAUUUUGAGCGGUCAUGUGGUUUCUUGGGAUUAUGCAUAUAUAGGUUGUACGGGCAAUCUUGAUGAAGAUUUUGAUUUUGAAGGGUUUUAGGAGGAUCAUAUUCUACUACUUCAGACGAUGAAUUUCUUGGUCAUGUCUUGGAAAAUGAGAAGAGGGUUCGUAUUUCGACAGUGAGCAAUCUUUGGGACUCUGAUGCAAAUGAGGUUAUUUGUCAAAAAGAUUUGUUUUUUACACGAGAAAAGUGUUUAACCACACAAAACUUGAAUGCUCAAAAGGGAAUGGAUAAAAAGAAGAAUCAGAGAUCACAUUUUAUGAGAACAAGAUCUCAAUCACGAGCGGGUCUUUGAAGAUUCAACCGAGGGCUCCAAUUUUUUUUUUAAAUAAGGAUUUUUCUUACUGUAAUUUGGGUUGGGUUCUUCUACUCCUUGUUCUUUUUUUAUUUGCAUUAUUUCCUUGUUUUAUUUUUUUCCUCAUGUUGUACUUUCAAUAUUUCUUUUCUUUAAUAAAAUUUUCCUUUCUAAAAA